CCUCCCGUUUGCCCAUUUCACACCAGUCUCCUCGCUUCCUCUCCUCUCCCACCCCAUUCAUCACAAGAGAAGACGAUACGAGAGCAAUUUUCGCCCGUUUUCCGUCCUUUGUUGGUUCCGUCCGUCUCCUUUGACGCACCUCACCCACCGCACGGCACCAGUAACGCGACCGCACCCAACCGAGAACGAGCGUUACGAAUUAGUACGACCCCUAGCUAAAGCUAAGCGUCAGGUAUAUGAGAUCCCCAUCCAGCGCCCCUCGUCCCAGCAGCGGAGGAGGGAUUGGAGCAGCGGACGACGACUUCGCCUUCUACUACUCCUUCUUCCAGGACCCCAACACCGCCGCUGCGUCCCCGCUCGCGCUCGACGACGCCCUCGCCCUCGCCAUGCCCCGGAGGAAGCGCGGAGGGGACGACGACGACGACGACCGCAAGGACGCCCAUGCCCCCGCGGGUGCCGGCGCCGGCGGCAGGAAGCGCUCCAUCGCCAAGAUACUCACCUCGCUCGCGGCGAUCGAGGCCGAGGGCCACACCGACAGCGCCGGCGCCGCCGACGCAUCCCGCCGCGAGCUCGCCCUGCUCGAGUCCAACGCCGACCACAAGUCGCAGGCCAUGAUGGACUACUACGCCAAGAUGGAGGGCAGCUUCGACGCCGACGCCCAGUCCGAGGCCGCCGCGCGCUCCAAGCGCUCGCGCCUCUCGGCCUCCGCCGCGGCCGUCGUGGCCGCCGAGGAGGGCGCCGCCGCCAGCACGGCCGCCAACUCUCCGCCGCGCGCGGGGCAGCACCAGCGGCGGCUGUGGGUCAAGGACCGGUCGCAGGCGUGGUGGGACACGUGCAACAGCCCCGACUUCCCGGAGCAGGAGUUCCGGCGCGCGUUCCGGAUGGGCCGGGAGACGUUCGACAUGAUCUGCGAGGCGCUCGGCUCCGCGGUGGCCAAGGAGGACACCAUGCUCCGCGCCGCGAUCCCCGUCCGCCAGCGCGUCGCCGUCUGCAUCUGGCGCCUGGCCACGGGCGAGCCGCUCCGCCUCGUCUCCAAGCGAUUCGGCCUCGGCAUCUCCACAUGCCACAAGCUCGUCCUGGAGGUCUGCGGCGCCAUCAAGUCCGUCCUCAUGCCGCGCUUCCUCCAGUGGCCCGACGAGGCCGCCGCCGGCAGGUUCAAGGAAGGGUUCGAGCGGUCCUUCGGUGUCCCGGGCGUCAUCGGCGCCAUGUACACCACUCACAUCCCCAUCAUCGCGCCCAAGAUCUCCGUCGCCGCCUACUUCAACCGCCGCCACACGGAGCGCAAUCAGAAGACGUCCUACUCCAUCACGCUCCAGGGGGUGGUCGGCCCCGACCGCGCCUUCACCGACGUCUGCAUCGGCUGGCCGGGCUCCAUGGCUGACGACGUCGUGCUCGAGAAAUCCAUGCUUCACCAGCGCGCCGCUGCGGGGAUGAUGCACGACGCCUGCCUCGUCGGCGGCGCAAGCUACCCGCUCAUGGAUUGGGUGAUGGUGCCGUACACGCACCAGAACCUGACGUGGACGCAGCACGCCUUCAACGAGAAGGUGGGCGACAUCCGCAACGUGGCCGUGGACGCCUUCUUGCGGCUCAAGACGCGGUGGGCGUGCCUCCAGAAGCGUACGGAGGUGAAGCUCCAGGACCUCCCCGUGGUGCUGGGCGCCUGCUGCGUCCUCCACAACAUCUGCGAGAUGCGCGGCGAGGAGCUCGAGCCCUCCUCGCCGGAUCCCCCGUUCGAGCUCUUCGACGACGACACCACGCCGGAGGUCCCCGUGCGCUCCGAGGCCGCCAAGCACGAAAGGGACAGCAUCGCCCACAACCUCCUCCACCGUGGCUUCGCCGGCACCACAUUCUUCUGAUCACAUCAUCACUUGCCCCCUCUUCUUCUUGGCUUCGGUUUUCCUUUGGUACAAAUUAAUUGAAACAAGUAGCGAAAUCUUUUAGGAUAGAACAUUUUGAUAGGAUUGCCUGAUUGGUGCAUGACGUUCCAACACAGCGGAAUGCCCACGUAAGCAGCCUGUGAAAAAUUUGGGCAGUAACUAUUGGUUUUAUUUGGAUAUAUACAGUUUAAUUUUACACACGGAAUUUAAACAAAGAACAUUGCCGACA